GAUACAUUAAUGAGUGUUUAUGAAAUAAAUUUAAAAAAACAAAAACAAAGAAAGAUAGAAAUACUUGGGUUAACCAUAGCAGGAAAGGUAGAUACCCAAGAAUAACCAGUAAGUGACAAUGCCCAGUAUUGUUGUUUACUAUGAAUAAUUACGUUUACUAAUUUAAUUAAUAUCCUGACUUUUCAAAUCAAAAAGUGUAAUUUUUUCAGCCUCUGAGAAAAGUUUUCAAUCAAUUGUUACAACUUUUUAAUUUUCCUAAUAAAUUAAAACUACAAUUUUUUUUAUUAUUCUUUUGUUAACCUCAAACAUUUAAGCGUCUUAUUCAAACAAAGAAGAAUCGUCAACUUUUAAAAUUCUUGGUACUUUUAUCUUAAGCACACGAUUAUUUUACUGACAACAUGAAUCCAAAAAGACUUAAAUUCACGGUGACCGAGUCAAAAUUUAAGUUUACAGUGGAUCAUAUUUCGAAAAUAAAAGAUUCAAUCUCAUCACCUCAGUGUGUCAUCCAGCAUUUACCUUGGAAUAUUAUUGUUAAGCCAGAGUAUGAAACUCAGAAAGAAAGACAACCUCUUGGACUUUCUAUUAUUUGUGAAGGAAAUAAUACAAAAAAUUGGACGUGUCUGGCUGAUGUUCAGUUUAGUUUAUAUUCCAGUAAAAAAAAUCGAAGACCAUUUUCCCGACAACUUCAACAUUUGUUUAGCAGUGGUCAAUGCGCUGCGGGUUUUAAAAAUUUCAUAUCUUGGCAAGAUUUAACUGAUCACAAAAAAAGUUUUAUUACAGAUAAUUCUAUAAUUUUUGAGGUUUGUGUAAUACCAAACAUACCUGAUAAUGAAUCUGAUGAAUUAAAUAAUUCGCUGACAGAAGUGAGAUUUCGGCAUACUUACAAAAAUAUUUUGAAUAUGCAAGAACCACUUACGCUAGGCCCAUUUAUAGCAUAUGAUUUAGCAUGGAAGAUUUUGGUGAAGCCGCCAUCAAUGAUAGUAUCAGUUGAACCAAAGUCUAUUGGAUUAUUUUUACAGUGCAACAAUGAAGUUCAUUCGGAUACCUGGAGCUGUCGUGCCCGAGCUGUAUUAGGAAUAUGUUCUAGGACAGAAAAAAACGAUGAUACUAUUUCUCGAACAAUUGAACAUACGUUUUGCAGUAAAAGGAACACAGCAGGUUGGGAUAGUUUGGUGUUGUGGAAAGAUUUAUUAGAUGCUGGUAAACAGUAUAUCAAAGACGACUCGAUUAUUGUUCAGGCUCACGUUUUUCCAGAAGAGUUUAAUUUAUGUGCGUAUUUAAGCGUAAGGGAAGCAACAUUUUGGUUUACAGUAAAAAAUAUUUCCACAUUAAAUGAAAUUCAGUCUUCAUUGCCAUGCUUUAUAGCAAAUAUGCCAUGGAAAAUAAGAAUAGGUCCCGUUAAAAUCAACGGACAGAAGUCACUCAGUUUCUUUUUAAAUUGUAACGAGACAAACAACGUAAUAGCAUGGAGUUGUAAUGCCGACGCGGAAUUACGUAUUGUUCCUUGUAAUGAUGACCAGAAACCUUUUACCAGAAAACUGUUUCCAAGAAUUUAUUCGGUUGGACAUGAUAGCUGGGGAACUAAAAACUUCAUGAUGUGGGAUGAUUUAGUAAAUCCAGAGAAGGGUUUCAUUGAAGAUGAUUCUGUUAUAUUUGAAGCAUACGUCAAAGUUAUUGAUUAAAUCAAUGAAGGCACGCUUGAUUAUUUUAUUUACACGAAUGUUAAGAUAUAUAUUUAUUUUUUAAUGUUAAAAUUAAGAUGCUUCAAGCUUCUAAUUAACUUAAUUAUAAAGAAACAACUUGAAGUAGUUUUGAAAAUACAUUUACUUAUCAGUUAUCUGUUUAGUUAAAAUGUACUGCUGUCACAAAUAGUUGAAAGUAAUAUUGAUUAAACCUUUGUUAACUUAGUUUAUAAGGAUUAAUAAAUAUUUAAUUGUA